AUGCAGUACCCCCGCUGGCUCUCGGGCACCGACUUAAAUGCUAACGCGUCACAACUGGGUGCUUUUGCGGUAUAUCUGUGGCGAUUUGGAAUGAAUAAAACUGGAACCGGUAACAAGUACUCAACAAUUUGCGCCAAGUUGUGUGCCGUCAGAUGGUACCAUCGCAACAAUGUCGGAUACGACCCAGGUGUGGAUGCAAGUCAUGCUAUCUUGCUACGUGGAAUUCGUCGGUUCACUUCGCCCGUCACCAAGCAGUAUCCACUAUCGGCCCACUUGCUGCACGAGAUAUUUCGCAAAUUGGACCUCAAGAAUGCUCGCGUUCGCUUGCUUUGGGGUGGUUUACUUCUUGGAUAUUUUUUUCUCCUUCGCAGAUCUAAGUAUCUGUUCAUCGGAAAUCAACAUCACGCAUACGUGCUGAAACUGAAUGGCAUUUCGUUAUACGACGAGGCAACCGGUCCCUGUAAGGCGAGUAGAGCCAAAAGAGUGGGAAUUACUCUGAUGGGGGCGAAAAAUAACCAAUUUGGUCGUGAAGAGGUCAGAUACCACGACAGGUCCGGUGACGCGGUUAUCUGCCCAGUGUUAGCCGCUCGGUGGGUAAUCAAAGGCGCCAGAGCUUUUGGCACUACACCGGAGCAACCGGCACUCUCGACAGGCUACGGAACUGGAAUUUCAGCGAAGGAAUUGGCUACAACAAUCAAAAUGGCUGUCGCAGCAUGCGGCAUGGACCCGACCCGUUAUUCGACCCAUUCUGUGCGUAUUGGAGGGGCGACAGCAUUAUUAAAUGCUGGAGCGGAUCGUCUAGCUAUCAAGGUUAUGGGAAGAUGGCUAUCAAGCGCAUUUGAGGAAUAUCCCGUACUGACAGCCGAUGGAUCCUCAGGGUUAUCGAAACUCAUGUGCUAA